AACUCGUCCCGCCAAACCUUAUCAUCUUAUCCUCUCGUCAACAGUCUUGAGUGAGCAAAAGCGGCAAUGUCCAUCUCUUCCUCACUCCUCUCUUCUCUCUCUAAACCUACCCACUUUGCCUUCGAAUACCUCGGAAACUCCGCCACAUGCCCUAGAAAAUGGCGGAUCAGAGCUUCAUCUGCUGCCCCUGGCGUCGACUUGACCACCCUUGAUUCCGCCAUUGCAAAGAAAGAUAGUGAUGCUGUUAAAGAGGCACUUGAUCAGUUGAGUGAAGUUGGUUGGGCCAAAAAAUGGAGUUCUCAACCAUAUGUCUCAUGUCGUAUGACAUCUCUUAGGGAGCUGACAACUCUUGGAAUUAAGAAUGCAGAGAACCUUGCAAUACCGAGUGUUAGAAAUGAUGCGGCUUUUCUCUUUACAGUAGUAGGAACAACAGGCUUUUUGGGUGUUCUUGCUGGCCAGCUUCCCGGGGAUUGGGGCUUCUUUGUGCCAUACUUGAUCGGUAGCAUCUCGUUAAUAGUUUUGGCUGUGGGAAGCAUUUCACCAGGGCUUCUUCAGGCUGCCAUAGGCGGAUUUUCUUUAUUUUUUCCCGAUUACCAAGACAGGAUUGCUAGACAUGAAGCGGCUCAUUUCUUAGUUGCUUACUUGCUUGGCCUUCCUAUACUGGGAUACUCAUUGGAUAUUGGAAAAGAGAAUGUAAAUCUCAUUGAUGAAAAGCUGGAAAAGAUGAUAUAUAAAGGACAACUUGAUGCAAAGGACCUAGACAGGUUGGCGGUUGUAGCCAUGUCUGGGCUGGCAGCAGAAGGUCUGGAAUAUGAUAAAGUGGUUGGUCAAUCUGCUGAUCUUUUCACCCUACAGCGAUUUAUAAACAGGAGCAAACCACAGAUUAGCAAAGAACAACAACAAAAUCUUACUAGAUGGGCGGUUUUGUUUGCUGCAUCCCUCCUGAAAAAUAACAAGGUAAUUCAUGAGGCCCUAAUAGCAGCAAUGUCGAAGAAGGCAACUGUAGUAGAGUGCAUAGAAGCAAUUGAGAAUGCUGCAUAGCACAAAAUGAUUUAUUUAAAUUGUAAUUCUUUUUAUUUAACUUAGCCUCCAUAACUUCUUCUUUCUUUUUUUUUUUUUUUUUGUUGGCAAUAAUGACAUAAAUUAUAUUCUGUGGGUUACAUUGCUGCAUAUUCGUGUAGAAAAGUAUAAAAGAUUACGUAAAAUUGUAUUUAGAAAUUUC